UUGGCGCGCUCGUUUCCUCAACCUCUUUUCUAUUGGUCCGUAGUGCCAUCAAUCACGUCCCCCCUCCUUCAUCAAGAAGCAGAGUGAUUUUUAACGAAAGCGGGGAUGUUUCGGAGGCAAGCGGCGGAACAGUGAAGUGAUUUCCAAGCCACCACGGAUGUGGGGAAAUAAUUAAGUUAAUUUUUUACCUUUAAUUGAAUGUACCCAUGUCGCUAUUAAGCUGUAUCGCCUUGGACAUUUUGAAUGAAGCGACCUCGUUGUCAUUCAGGACUACAUGUUGACGAAAAACCGAGCGGAGAAAAAAAACCAAACACGACGAUUUUCGGAGGUCUGGACCCGGAGGACGACGCUGACAUCUUCAACAAAAAAGCCUAGCUAGGACACGGAACCGGGGAUAAGCUGUCCGAGGAUAACCUUGUCAAUCUCCUGGCGUCGAGGAGAAGAUAACUUGGCUGGCUUGGUGCGAAGAUAACACCUAAAUACGGCGAAGACUGUCAGUUAAAAAUAGGAGGAUAACAAAAACGAGCGCCAACGGCCGCGCGUGCAGUGUUUUGAGGAUGAACCACCUAUCCCUCAGCGAGCUAUGUUGCCUGUUCUGCUGCCCGCCGUGCCCCAGUAAGAUCGCGUCUAAGCUGGCCUUCCUGCCGCCCGAGCCCACCUACAGCCUCAUCUCCGACGACAGCGGCAGCCGCUGGACGCUGCACCUCACCGAGCGCGCCGACUGGCAGUACUCGUCCCGCGAGAAGGACGCCAUCGAGUGUUUCAUGACCCGCACCACGAGAGGGAACCGCAUCGCCUGCAUGUUCGUGCGCUGCUCGCCCAGCGCCCGCUACACGCUGCUGUUCUCCCACGGCAACGCCGUGGACUUGGGCCAGAUGAGCAGCUUCUACAUCGGCCUGGGCUCGCGCAUCAACUGCAACGUCUUCUCCUACGACUACUCGGGCUACGGCGCCAGCUCUGGGAAACCCUCGGAGAAGAACAUGUACGCCGACGUGGACGCCGCCUGGCAGGCGCUCCGCUCACGGUACGGCAUCCGGCCGGAGAACGUGAUUGUGUACGGGCAGAGCAUCGGCACCGUGCCGUCGGUGGACCUGGCGUCGCGCUACGAGAGCGCCGCGGUCAUCCUCCACUCGCCCCUCACCUCCGGCAUGAGGGUGGCCUUCCCCGAAACCAAGAAGACCUACUGCUUCGACGCCUUCCCGAACAUUGACAAGAUAUCCAAGGUGACGUCGCCGGUCCUGGUGAUCCACGGCACGGAGGACGAGGUGAUCGACUUCUCCCACGGCCUGGCGCUGUACGAGCGCUGCCAGCGCCCCGUGGAGCCGCUGUGGGUGGAGGGCGCCGGGCACAACGACGUGGAGCUCUACGGACAAUACCUGGAGAGACUCAAACAGUUUGUUGCACACGAGCUGGUCAACCUGUAGAGGAGCUGGGGGGGCGGGGGAGGGGGGGGGGAA